CGACAUGUAUUCAUCACACAACAAAUGCAAAAAGACACCCAUAGUGUCCUGUCUGCCCCACAGGUACAGAGACGAUCCGAAACCAUUCACGGAUCAGCAUACCUUCACUCAGCGAGAAUCAUUGAGUCUUCUCAUAGCUGAAAAGAGAAUCGGUAACUAUGUUUCUGCUGAAAUGAUCGAGGUCCAUUCUUAUGGUCCCUACAUUGUCACUUACAGCCAUAAAAAUGAAAUAUUUAGAAGCCAUCCUAAGAUUGCAAAAGGUAAGUUUGAACCUGCUAAUGAUGAAGCUGAUGAUGCUGAUAAUGAUGAUGGUGAUAAUGAUAAUGAUAAUGGUAACAAUGAUGCUAAUAUGAUAAUUAAUGAAGACAAUAAUGAAACCAAGAGGGUUGAGAAGAAUAAUUCUGAUGGAUUGUUGAUUCUAAAUGACCCAAAAGAACCCACUGACACCAAAGAGAAGACACCGAAUAUUGGAAUUGAAGUUGAAAAGGAUGAUACUAAAACACCUGAAUGGUAUUCGAAGAGGGCUAAAAAGAGUAAUUCUGAUGGACUGUUGAUCCUAAAUGACCCAAAAGAACCCACCAAUGCCAAAAAGAAGGCACUGAAUAUUGGAAUUGAAGUUGAAAAGAACAAUCCUAAAGCAUCUGAAUAG